AUGGAGAGUGGAAAUCAAUCCAACAACAAAGUCCACAUAUUGGCAAUUCCUUAUCCAAGCCAAGGACACAUCAAUCCCAUGCUACAAUUUUGCAAGCGUUUAAUCUCCAAAUCCAAAGGGUUGAAAGCCACUUUAGCAGUCACAAACUUCAUCGCCAAAACAAAUAAGCCAAAGUCAGAAACGGUCCAAAUUGUCUCAAUUUCUGAUGGCUUCGAUGAAGGUGGUUUUCUUCAAGCUGAAAGCAUCGAAUCUUACUUGAAACACCUCCAAGAAUCAGGCACAAGAACCCUGAUUGAGCUUAUAAAGGGUUACCAAAACUCGGGCAACCCGAUCCAUUCCAUAGUUUAUGAUUCAUUUUUGCCUUGGGUUUUGGAUGUUGCUAAAGAAUUUGGGUUGGUUUCAGCUGCUUUUUUCACUCAGCCUUGUGCCGUGAAUUUUGUGUAUUAUUAUGUUCAUCAUGGACUAUUAAAGUUGCCAGUUUCUUCAUUUCCUUUGUCGAUGCCUGGAUUACCACCUCUGGAUCGUUUCGAUCUUCCAUCGUUUAUCGCAUUUGAGGGUUCAUAUCCUGCUUAUUUUGAGCUGGUGAAGCAGCAAUUCUUGAAUGCAGAUCAAGCUGAUUUCGUUCUUGUGAAUACAUUCUACGAGUUGGAAAUUGAGGUUGUUAGAUGGUUGGAAGAUCAGUAUCCAAUAAAGACGAUAGGGCCAAGUACGCCAUCAAUGUAUGUUGAUAAGCGAAUCGAAGAUGACAAGGGCUAUGCCAUCAAUCUGUUCAAACAAAACAGAGAUGAUAUUUUAAGAUGGCUGGAUUCGAAGGAAAUUAACUCAGUUGUUUAUAUAUCAUUCGGGAGCUUGGCGAAUCUCGGGAAGGAUCAGAUGGAAGAAAUAGGAAGAGGGCUUGUUAGCAGCAAUUGUAACUUCUUGUGGGUCGUCCGAUCUACUGAAGUUGACAAGGUUCCGAAUGAAUUGAUUUCCGAGGCUGAAGAUAGAGGCCUAAUUGUGAAUUGGUGUCCCCAACUCGAAGUUUUGGCUCAUGAGGCAGUGGGAUGUUUCGUGACUCAUUGUGGGUGGAAUUCGACCAUGGAAGCAUUGAGUUUAGGCGUGCCGAUGGUGACAAUGCCGGUAUGGGUUGAUCAAACGACGAAUUCAAAGUUCAUAGUUGAUGUAUGGCAGACCGGAAUCCGGCUUAAGGCUUGCGAGAGUGAUGGAAUUGUUACAAAAGAGGAAGUGGAGAUUGUUAUCAAGGAAGUUAUGCUUGGGGAGAAGUCAAGUGAGCUGAGGAAUAAUGCCCUCAAGUGGAAAGAAUUAGCUAAAGAGGCCAUUAAUGAAGGAGGAAGCUCGGACAAACACAUUGAGGAAUUUGUUUAUGAUCUAAUGAUCUUCUACAAAAAUGGCCAUAGGCUUUGGAUAGUGACCAUCUCGUGUUGUGGCUAUCAGCAUUGGCAACAAAUACCCGUUGUUCGGUUAAGACUUGAAUCGGGUGAGCUUAGAAGUAGGGACGAAGCCGUCGAGCAGCGAGACUUUGCUCACAAAGUAAACCGGGAUUUCUUUGUCGUCUUUUUUCUGGAUGAGAACCGCGGAUAUGGCAGUUUCUCGAGCAGCCAGAUAAACGGAUCCCCCUCGAUAACCAUUGUGUCACUGUGGACAAAUGCCCGGGAUUGUUGGACAGGCUUCAACAACGAGGUUAAGGUCCUGUCGAGCCUAUGCAAGGUUUCACCCGGAGUCUACUUGGAGGGAUUCUCGACUGUCCAAACCAACGUUGUGCUCGUCCAUCGAGGAAGGACGGGACUCUUGUCCACGAUCAUUCCUAUCAUUCUUCUCAUCGAGGGUCCUCAGUAUAGGGAACAUCAUACCUCUGAUGGCCAUAAGGUUGGCGAGCCUCGGGUCCUCCCGAGGGUAGACACUCCGAAGCUUAAACCAAUUGAUAGCAAUCUCGUAGAUAAAGCAAAUUUUGUUAAUGCAACCAUCAAACAAGAAAGUACGAAGAUAAUUUAUCUAUCCCGUGAAACUCAAAAGAGUGUGGAAAAUUCACAAAGUAGAGUAAAAGUAGAAGAAACCAAAAUGGCUUCCAAACCUCAUGUUCUGGUUCUCAUUUUGCCUGUACAAGGCCAUAUUAACCCUCUGCUACAAUUUUCCAAGAUCUUAGCUUCAAAAGGUAUCAAAAUCACAGUUGUCAUCACAAAUCCAAUAGAGACUACUACUUCUCUAGCAGGUAAUCAGUCCGAACUGAUCAAAUUCGAGUGCAUCCCUGCUGAAAGGAUCAAAGAAGAAGCACAAGUAGCUGAAAAACAAUUAGCCCAUCAUCAGGACUCCAAUGAAGCAAAGAUUGAAACUUUGAAGGCUAGAGUUUUGGAAUACCUGCCUUUAAUUUUGGAAGGGAAAGCCUCUUCUGGUGAGCCUGUGAAAGUUGUCGUUUAUGAUUCACUUAUGCCUUACGUUUCCGAUGUUGCGAAAGAAGUAGGAAUUUCAGGAGCAGCAUUUUUUACUCAGUCAGCUGUAGUUUCUGCUAUAUAUUAUCAUCUACAUGAAGGAGCGGUUGAAUUACCUUUGAAAAAAGAACAAAUUAAAGCGUCACUGCCUUCCGUACCGUACGUAUUCAAGCCAAAAGAUUUGCCCUCUUUUGUUAACGACAGUGCUGGAACAUAUUCAUCUGUUCUGAGGUGUGUCCUGGAUCAAAGUCUGAGCUUUCACAAAGCUGAUUGGGUCCUGAUCAAUACUCUUGAGUCUCUGGAACUUCAGACAGUGAGAUGGAUGGUAAGCCACUUCCCAAAGUUCAAAACAAUUGGACCGACUAUCCCUACAAUGUACCUUCACAACCGGAUGGAAGAUGACAGAGAUUCUGGUAUCAGUCUUUUCAAGCCAGAAAUUGAAGCUUGCAAACAAUGGCUUGAUACAAAAUCAAAUGGCACAGUGGUUUAUGUAUCCUUUGGAAGCAUGGUGAAUCUCAGUGAAGAGGAGAUGACAGAAAUCGCAUGGGGUCUAGUGAAAAGCAAAUGCCACUUCUUGUGGGUAAUUCGAGCUUCAGAGGAGAGCAAAUUGCCUACAAAUUUCGCGUCCGAGGUUGGAGAAAAAGGACUAAUAGUAAACUGGUGUUCGCAGCUUGAAGUAUUAGAUCAUGAUGCUGUAGGUUGUUUCUUGACGCACUGUGGUUGGAAUUCUACUCUUGAAGCGCUGAGUUUGGGAGUGCCGAUGGUAGUUAUGCCACGAUCUGGUGAUCAACCAACGAAUGCGAAGUUGAUUGUUGAUGUUUGGCAAACAGGGUUGAGACUUGAGGCUGGUGAAGAUGGAAUAGUGAGAAGAUAA